GUUCAAGUUUGUUGACGUCCUCAUCAACGCAAGACCGAAAGAUCACUAGAAGAGUAUAUACAUUCUUUUUUUUUUCGAUUUCACGGUUCUAGUGCGGAAACGCGAACCGUUCUCGACUAAGUAAAUGCGUUCUUUUUUGCACGACCGAGACCACCGAUUAUUCGUUUAUAACUCCUAGAGGAUUCCCACCAGCUCGUACUAGUCGUGCUUUUUUAUCCACGAGCUUUUCAGGUUCUUUCAUUUUUCAGAGGGAUCACAAACGCGCAGCAAAAUGACGAAGCAGGACACGAAGACCACGCGUAGUAGCCGGUCUUCCUCGCCUUCGCCGGAUGCCAAGAAGCGAAAGGUGGACCAAUUGGUCGCUUUGAAGCAGAUGAGCGGCGUGGUCGCGGACACGGGGGAUAUCGAAAAAAUAAAAACCUUCAAACCCGAAGACGCGACGACAAACCCGACACUGUUGCUGCAGGCGUGCGGUAUGCCCGAGUACAAAUCCAUCGUGGAUGCCGCAGUGAAAAAGGCCAAGGAAUCGGUGUCAGCAAAGGUAGAUUGUUUUUGCAAUACGGCUUCUAAUGAACCAACGUAGUACACUGUCACGCAAACCCUAAACCCUAAACACUGUCACAAAAAAUGCUUACCCGGAUGAACAACCUUUCAACCUUUCUUCCCAACGUCCCAACAGGCUUCCCAAGACGAACUGCUGGGCGCUAUCUGCGACCAACUUGCCGUGUCCUUUGGUUGUGAGAUUUUGAAGCUCGUACCUGGGUAUGUGUCCACCGAAGUCGACGCUGAUUUGUCUUUCGACACCGAGGCCAGCUUGGCAAAGGCGAGGAAGAUUAUCAAGAUGUAUGAGGCGGCGGGGUUUAAAAAGGAGAGAAUCCUGAUCAAGCUUGGGUAUUAAUAUCAUCACAUGUUGUUAUUUCAUCAAGAUCUGGUGUUUUUUGUCAUGCGUGAUUCCGUCUUCUGGUACACCAUCGACUUCUGUGAAACAACCUGACUUGAUAUCUAAGGUCCACCUGGGAGUGCAUCCGUGCGUGCGAGAUUUUGGAAAAGGAGGGCAUCCACUGCAACAUGACGCUCCUCUUCUCCUUCUGCCAAGCACGAGCCUGCGCCGAAGCGGGGGCGACCUUGAUUUCGCCGUUUGUGGGGAGAAUUUUGGACUGGUUCAAGAAGGCACAGCCAGACGCGGAUUUCACCGGGGAGAAGGACCCAGGGGUGAAGAGCGUCAAGCAAAUUUACGAGUAUAAAAGAGUUCUUUGCUUCAUACGUCGCACAGCCACUUCAAGAUUACACCAUGUUGUGCUGCAUCCAUUGUUUUAAAAAUGAAACCAACCGCCUGUCAUGUAAGUUGUCUACAAGACGGCGUGCGAAGAAGCCACCAUUCCUCGAUUUCCUGUCAGGUACUACCGCCAACACGACUACAAAACCAUCGUGAUGGCCGCAUCCUUCCGUACGAAGGAAGAGAUCUGCUGCCUCGCGGGCUGCGACAAGCUCACCAUCGGGCCGAAGUUCCUCGCCGAGCUCGAAGCCAGCAGCGAGGGGUUACCAAAAAAACUGGCUCCAGAACUGGUGAAGAAGGCAGAUGGAAAAAAGCCGGGCAAACUGACGGAGAAAGAAUUUCGAUGGAUGUUGAACGAGGAUCAAAUGGCAACGGAGAAGUUGAGCGAGGGCCUGCGAAAUUUCGGCAAGGAUCUGGGAAAGCUGAAGGAACUGAUUAAGACGAAGUUCUUGUGAAGGAUUUUUUUUGAUCGAGUUCAACUCUUCUUCUUGCACUUGAUUUUGCGUCUCUUCCUAGUAGAAGAUUGACCGUGGUAUUUUUUCCAUCUCGUAGGAUUUUCUUGACUAAGUCGUAUUCAGUCCUUCACGGCGGCGGCGCCUCGGUGUUUUUUUACUUGCGCAAAAAGAAAAACUGUCAAACUUUACCUUCGUCUGCGAAGUGAAGGCACUCAGCGCGCAACAAAAUGAAAAUCAAUUUAAUAUAAACAAU